AUGGCCACAAACAUUCUCCCUAACUUGCUGCACAUUGUCCUACAUGAUGGUGGCACCAUGUCUCUUGCUGCCUGUAUAACACAGUUUUUUGUGUUUGCAAUAUCAGAGUCAUCAGAAUGUCUUAUCCUCAUGGUGAUGUCUUAUGACCGAUAUCUGGCUAUCUGUAACCCACUGCGCUAUAACACUAUAGUCAGUAAAGAAUUGUGUGGAAUAUCUGCCAUUCUAGCAUGGUCAUUAAGUGUCUUCCUUAUGGGACUUCAUGUUGUGCAUAUAUGCAAGUUAGACUUUUGUGGACCAAGUUUUAUUGACCAUUUCUUCUGUGAUUUCCCUCCUAUUCUAAAGCUUUCUUGUUCAGAUACUUCACUGAUUUUCAUCCAGGGAGCUCUAUUUGGCAUAAUUAUUAUCACAUUCCCAUUCACGAUGAUCAUUGUUUCCUAUGUGUACAUCAUAACCACCAUCCUAAACAUCCGCUCCAACAGUGGGAGACAGAAAGCCUUCUCCACCUGCAGCUCCCACUUGACUGUUGUGUGUAUAUUUUUUGGGACUCUCAUUUCUGUAUAUGUGAUUCCAACCAAAGGACACUUAUUGGCUACCAGUAAGAUAUUGUCACUUCUGUACACUGUGGCAAUACCAUUGCUUAAUCCAUUCAUCUACAGCAUGCGGAAUAAAGACUUCAAGAGAGCUUUUGUAAAAUGGAAAGUUCCUCAUGGAUUCUACAUGGAGAAGAGGACCGACCCUCGUGUGAACAUAGGUCUUGAUCAUGUGAUGCAUGGAAACAAUAUAUCUUCUGUAUUUCUCUUGGGAUUUCCAAAUCUUAAUAGCUUCAACUUUCUGUUAUUCUUGUUUCUGCUCAUCAUUUACUGCGUCACCAUGUGUGGUAAUGUUAUAAUCAUUGUUUUGGUUUCAAUGAGUAGAAAUCUUCACUCUCCCAUGUAUUUCUUCAUCACACAAGUGUCUGUACUGGACAUCUUGAUGGUCACGGACAUUCUCCCUAACUUGCUGCACAUUGUACUAUAUAAAGGUGCCACCAUGUCGCUUGGUGCCUGUAUCUCACAGUUUUAUGUGUUUGCUAACACAGAGUCUUCAGAGUGUCUCAUCCUAACGGUGAUGUCUUAUGACCGAUAUUUGGCUAUCUGUAACCCUCUGCGAUAUAACUCUAUAAUUAAUCAAGUAUUUUGUGUGAAAUCUGUUAUGGCAUCAUGGUCAUUAAGCUUCUUGUUGCUGUUAAAAAAUGAAAUAAAUAUAUGCAAAUUCGACUUUUGUGGACCGAAUGUUAUUGACCAUUUCUUCUGUGAUUUGCCUCCUAUUCUAGAGAUUUCUUGUUCAGAUACUUCAUUUUUUCGAUUCCAGGCCACCUUUUUUGGCAUUAUUUUGAUAAUGUGCCCAUUUACAAUGAUCAUUGUUUCUUAUGUGUACAUCAUCACCACCAUCCUAAACAUCCGCUCCAUCAGCGGGAGACAGAAAGCCUUCUCCACCUGCAGCUCUCACUUGACUGUUGUGUGUAUAUUUUUUGGCACUCUUCUUUCUGUGUAUAUGGUUCCAGCCAAGGGACAUUUAUUGGCUACCAGCAAGGCAUUAUCACUGCUUUAUACUGUGGUGACACCAAUGGUUAACCCUUUCGUAUAUAGCCUGAGGAAUAAAGACUUCAAAGAAACAUUUGAGAAAUGUAAACAUAACUUCAUUUAA